GCUGAAAUAGAAAAAGAUACGCAUCAAAUACGAAGUUUCAUCCAGAUUAGUAAAGAAUUAAAGAAGAUAUGAAUGAAAUAAGUUUUGGAAUUUUGAGUGGUUCGAAAGAAAUCCGCUAGAUGGCGUUUGCAGAAUUUAGGAAGAUUUGAAAUUAUUUUAAGGGAAGAAAUGGCGCGAAACCCAUCAGCCAAUCAGGAGCGGGGGUUAAAAAUAGAAUGAAGAAAAAUUUCUGGGGAAGGGGAAAAGGGUAUAUAAGAAGAAGAAAAAAUUGAACCAAGACCAGUUCAAUUUAGUAAGGAUUAUUUGGGGGAAUGAGAAAAGUUUAUUCACCGCUUUAUUUAGCUCAAUUCUUCUCAACUUUAAUUUCAACUUGUAUGGAUUUUUUUAUUAUUUCAACAAACGCGGAAUCUCUUGAUAUCGCUGAAGUGAUCAACAAAUUCUUUUACGUUGCAACAAUUCAAAUACAAUUUGCACUUUAUUGUUUUCCCGCCGAAUACUUAACAGAACAAUUAAAAAAUCUAUCAGAUGCGGUUUACGCUUCAAAAUGGUAUGAAAGCAAACCGUCAUUUCGAAGGGAAUUAACUAUGAUUAUGGCAGCUUCUUUAAAACAAUCGGCUUUUACAGCUGGUGGAUUUUCUGAUGUCCGAAUGAGUACAUUUACAAAUGUACUUAAAUUAUCAUUUUCGUUUUUCACUUGUGAAAUGAUGACGAAUAUGCAAGAACAAGAAGAAAGUGGUCAAUUCCAAAAUUUUUGUAGAAUGGCGUCAGAGGAUUUUGACCAUUUAUUAUCUCUGAUCACCAAAAAAAUUCCUGCAUAUGCCAGACUAGCAGUAAUUUUAAGAUUUUUGCAACUGAAGACUCCUCUGAAAGCCUGA